AGGAAGGAACUAGCAGUGUAGAGCUGGUGGCGUAUUGAUUUUUCUUUACAUUAGCUAUUAGUCACUGCCUUUUCUGGUGACAAACAGAACAGAGCAAACACGCUGAGAAAGUGAGCAGCCGUGGGAGUUCCGGCUUUCUCCUCCCUGGGCUACAGAAAGAGGGGGAUGUGGAUCUGAUGUACAGGUACUUCCUGGCGUAACUGUUUACCUGUGGAUCUAGAACAUCAUACCAGUAUUGAUUAUGGCUACUAGCUGCCCAUUGGUGAAUUCAAAUUGGAGAGUGGCCAAUCAUUGAUGCGAUUUGGAUUAAAAUAUUAUCAGUGUUUGAAGCGUCUGUGUUCGACUGGCGAAAAUUAGGUGCAUGUGUAUUCCUAUGUGAUUUAUCAUAAGGCUUUCAAAAUUAUAGACAAAAAAGAAACAAUAAACUUACAGUUAUAUACAAAAACAGUACUAUGUCUGAAAAUAGUGAUACCUCGAGCGAAGAAAGUUUGGCUCAUAAGCAUUUAAAUGGAAAGGAUGAUGACAUUUGCCGCGAUUUCUUGCGAAAUGUUUGUAAGCGAGGCAAGCGAUGCAAAUACCGUCAUCCUAAUACUGACGAAGCGCGGGAUCUUGGUAGACAACAAAUAACUUUUUGUCACGAUUUUCAAAACACAGGGUGUAGAAGAGGGAACUGUAAAUUUUUGCAUUGUACGCGGGAAGAGGAAGAACAUUAUAAACAGACUGGGCAACUUCCAGUGCGGCUUCAACAGGCCGCUGCUUUAGGACUCGGGGUCACUCCUAAUGUGGAGGUUCCGUUGUUAAGGGGAGAGAUCCCCAUCUGUAAAGAUUAUCUGAAAGGAAAUUGUAAACGAGGUGCUAAGUGUAAAUUCCGACAUAUGACGGGAGGAGAAUAUGAUUUUGAACUUCGAAAAUCCGACCAUAGGAACAAUAACAAUCAAAUGUAUGAUCCAUACGAAGAUGACUUCAACACUUUUGAAGCAUUUGAAUAUGGACAUACACCAGGAGGAGUUAAACGUAGGAGAACAGACCGUGAAUUCGAUGGAUUCGGAGGAUUUGAAGGCAGGUAUUCCUCAAGCCGUCCAUUCAGCUAUCAGCUUUUAGAAGAGGAAAAUUCUAUGUUAAGAAGGAAAGUGGAAGAACUUAAAAAGCAAGUGGCAGAUCUUACUGCCACCAACGAAGUGCUACUGGAACAAAAUGCAAGAUAUCGUGUCAGUAGGACAACUGCUGUACAGUCUUUAAACGCAGCAGGUGUACCGGUAAGCCAGCAAUUGACGCCUGGCAUCGGUGCAACUGCAACUCCGGCGCAACCCCUUAAUCAGCUAGCAGUUAGCAGCCUCGCUCAGCAAAUAGCGCUAAAUAGUGAACUGGCUUCCCAGCAUGCUUUGCAGCAGCAUCUGGCGAGAGAACUAGGUCAGCAAAAUGCUGGAGGGUUGGCAGGGGCACCCCUCAACCCUUCCGUUACAAUAAACCCAGGAAAUAUAGUUCCGGUCUCUCUUCCACAGAAUGUUUCCCUGACAUCCGGCUCUAUGCAACAGACACUUCCGCCUGCUGUCUCAAUGACGCAAAGUAUUCCACAGAAUUUGCAGGGACCCCCUUCGGCGCCUCUGGUGUCUUACCCCAUUGUGUCCCAGAACAUGAGAGCGGCUCCUAGCAGUUUGGCCCACUGACACAUGGGUGUUGUAAUCGAUGAUAUUCAAAUAAUCAGGGCAAAAUAAGUGGAGUCCAGAGAACGUUUGUUUGAAUGCAGAGGGAGUCGGAUCUCGUGAAAAAUCAAAAUGACCAUGUGCUGGGAAAAAAAUCAUCAGCUACAAAAGCGUUGAAGGCAAACUAAGCCAGCUAACACAACAGAGAUGAAGACAACAGUUACCGGCAUUGAGUUAUUGUGUGAAUUAUUAAUUUCAUUUCUUUAUUGUCUCAGUCAUUCGGAAUAUCUCCUGAUUUUUUUGUUUUCAUCGAUGAAUACCAAUCAUUUGCAUUUACCACAGGAAGAAAAAUCAAGAUUCAACAUUUAGUUCAUUACAGUUACGUAUUGAUUCGUUAUGAUUUUUUUUUCUCUUCAUUUAAAAUCGACAUCCCAGUAUAUUUAAAUACGUUAAAAGACAGCAUAUCAUUCGAUAUUAUAUGCAAUGAGUUCAAAACUGCAAAAAAAAAAAAAAAAAAAACCAAAAAACCAAAAAACAGCUACUUAGUAAUAUACUUCAACAUCUCAAAAAUGGUUUAAAUGAUCUUUAUUUUUCAAUAUUUUUAUAUAAAAUUGAUAGUGUGUUAUGUUUCCUUUUAAAUUUAAAUUGGAUUCCUUCCAAUUGCUUUGCUUAAUAAUUAUGAAGAUGAUUUUUAUCUCAUGCUUUCUUUUAUUAUUAUAAUUUAAAUGGUUUCCAUAUAUUUUCUAUAAGGUAAGAAAAAAAUUUCUAAAAAUUUUUAGUUUUACCUCGAGUGUUUUUGUCUUUAUUCAAUAUGUGCCGAUAGCCAAACCUUACAUCCAGAUCUUUAAAAUGAUAUUCUGUAUCCCGGUGUUUUCAUGUAAGAAAACCCAAUGGCAUGAUUUUCGAAAUGAGAGGGAAAUGUACCGCACAUAUCCAAAUCUGUUUCUUAAGGGAAUUUUCUGUUGAUUCAAAUCGAGAAAUAUUUUUUGAAUGUAAUAUUUCAGUUAUUUACGUCUUGACUGUUUCUUUUUGGUACAAAAUGCUACUACUAUUUAGCAAAAUAUUGCAUCCUGCAUAAGUUUUUUUUUUUUAUUAUGACAGAUUGACAUAAAAAAGUCACCUACAUGUAGUCCGAAAGAAUUACUAAAAAACAACAUGAUUUCAGAUGUGUAAUACUAUGACACUCAUGAAGUGUACAAAUGUUUAGAAGAAAAGAGAAGAAAAAAUGUGGACCAAGAUUUAUGUCGAGAAAAAAUUAGGUCCAGUAUGUUUUAUGCAAGGAGAAUUGGCCAUAUAUGCAUAUUAGAUAAUGUUCACUAAACGGUUUAACACUGUAUAAGCCAGUCUGUGUUUUGCUUGUCAUUUUGUUGUUUAAGAUAUUAUAAACUUUAUUUUGGACCUUUGAAAUAAAGGAUUAAAGCAGUAAAA